GCGACCGCUUCCGGUCUGGAGAAGCUCUGCUUAGGUUCGCUGCGUGGUUUGUGUCAUGCGGAGGUAGGCCUCUGAGAGCAAGGCGGGAGGUGUGGAAGCAAGAACCCGCAUCCGGACUCUAGAGUCUGGGAUUCUGGCGGGAAGACAAGAUAAAAAGGAGCCAGGAACCUGAAAACGACCUAUCCGCUGUUUCCGAGGGGGCAACUUCCACGAGGAACCCCCCCCACCCCUUCCCUGGUAACGGCCAGAAAAGAGGAGAUGGCGCCAGUCAGGGAGCGGCUGUGGCCGAGACAGUGAGGACGCUUGAAGGCAGAGCAAGCGGAAGCCUUAGGAGAAGUAUCGGACUCUUCGCUGUCACCGCCGCCGCUUCCACCACCAUGGAAGGAGCCAAGCCAACCUUGCAGCUCGUGUACCAGGCGGUGCAGGCGCUUUACCACGACCCAGAUCCCAGCGGAAAGGAGCGCGCCUCGUUUUGGCUUGGGGAGCUGCAACGUUCGGUUCAUGCGUGGGAGAUUUCUGAUCAAUUGUUACAGAUCCGACAGGAUGUGGAAUCAUGCUAUUUCGCUGCCCAGACCAUGAAAAUGAAGAUCCAGACCUCAUUCUAUGAGCUUCCCACAGACUCCCAUGCCUCUUUAAGGGACUCAUUGCUAACUCAUAUUCAGAACUUGAAAGACUUGUCACCUGUCAUUGUAACACAGCUGGCUUUAGCAAUAGCAGACCUUGCCCUACAGAUGCCUUCUUGGAAGGGAUGCGUACAAACAUUGGUAGAAAAAUAUAGCAAUGAUGUAACUUCUUUGCCUUUUUUGCUGGAAAUCCUUACAGUGUUACCUGAAGAAGUACACAGUCGUUCCUUGCGGAUUGGAGCCAACAGGCGCACAGAAAUCAUAGAAGACUUAGCCUUCUACUCUAGUACAGUGGUUUCUUUAUUGAUGACAUGUGUAGAGAAAGCAGGAACUGACGAGAAGAUGCUUAUGAAGGUCUUCCGAUGUUUGGGAAGUUGGUUUAACUUGGGAGUUUUGGACAGUAACUUCAUGGCUAAUAAUAAGUUAUUAGCACUCCUUUUUGAGGUUUUGCAACAAGAUAAGACCUCAUCUAACCUACACGAAGCUGCUUCCGACUGUGUGUGCUCUGCUCUCUAUGCUAUUGAAAAUGUAGAGACUAACUUGCCAUUGGCCAUGCAGCUUUUUCAGGGCGUCCUGACACUGGAGACUGCCUAUCAUAUGGCUGUGGCACGGGAAGAUUUAGACAAAGUUCUGAAUUACUGCCGUAUCUUCACCGAACUAUGUGAAACUUUUCUGGAAAAAAUUGUCUGUACUCCAGGCCAAGGUCUGGGAGAUCUUCGAACUUUGGAAUUGCUUCUUAUCUGCGCAGGCCACCCUCAGUAUGAGGUAGUAGAAAUUUCCUUUAACUUUUGGUACCGGCUAGGAGAACAUUUAUACAAAACCAAUGAUGAAGUUAUUCACAGCAUCUUCAAAGCAUACAUUCAGAGGCUGCUUCAUGCCUUGGCUCGACACUGCCAGUUGGAACCAGACCAUGAAGGAGUUCCUGAAGAGACUGAUGACUUUGGGGAGUUUCGAAUGAGAGUGUCAGACCUGGUGAAGGACUUGAUUUUCUUGAUUGGAUCUAUGGAGUGCUUUGCUCAGUUGUACUCUACUCUGAAGGAAGGCAAUCCACCCUGGGAGGUGACAGAAGCGGUCCUCUUUAUCAUGGCUGCUAUAGCAAAGAGUGUUGAUCCGGAGAACAAUCCUACACUCGUGGAGGUACUAGAGGGAGUUGUCCAUCUCCCAGAGACUGUGCACACAGCUGUGCGCUACACCAGCAUUGAGUUGGUUGGUGAAAUGAGUGAAGUGGUGGACCGAAAUCCUCAGUUUCUGGAUCCUGUAUUGGGCUAUUUGAUGAAAGGCCUGUGUGAAAAGCCUCUGGCUUCUGCUGCAGCCAAAGCCAUUCAUAACAUUUGUUCCGUUUGUCGGGAUCACAUGGCUCAGCACUUUAAUGGACUCCUAGAAAUCGCCCACUCCCUUGAUUCUUUCAUGUUGUCUCCUGAAGCCGCCGUGGGUUUGCUAAAAGGAACAGCUCUUGUCCUAGCAAGACUACCUUUGGAUAAGAUCACUGAAUGUCUUAGUGAGUUAUGUUCUGUUCAGGUUAUGGCAUUGAAAAAGCUGUUGUCUCAGGAGCCCAGCAAUGGCAUUUCUUCAGAUCCCACUGUCUUCUUAGAUCGCCUGGCAGUAAUAUUUAGACACACCAAUCCUAUUGUAGAAAAUGGACAGACUCAUCCAUGCCAAAAAGUCAUCCAGGAAAUAUGGCCAGUUUUGUCUGAGACUCUGAAUAAACAUCGAGCUGACAAUCGGAUUGUAGAGCGUUGUUGUAGAUGCCUGCGCUUUGCGGUUCGCUGUGUAGGCAAAGGAUCUGCAGCCCUGUUACAGCCACUAGUCACACAGAUGGUGAAUGUGUACCAUGUACAUCAGCAUUCCUGUUUCCUGUAUCUUGGCAGUAUACUUGUGGAUGAGUACGGCAUGGAAGAAGGCUGUCGGCAGGGAUUAUUAGACAUGCUCCAGGCGCUAUGCAUUCCCACCUUUCAGCUCCUAGAACAGCAGAAUGGCCUCCAGAAUCACCCCGACACUGUAGAUGACCUGUUCAGGUUAGCCACCCGAUUUAUUCAGCGAAGCCCUGUCACCCUGCUGAGGAGCCAGGUGGUUAUCCCGAUCUUACAGUGGGCCAUCGCGUCUACCACCUUGGAUCACCGAGAUGCCAAUUCCAGUGUCAUGAGGUUCCUGCGAGACCUCAUCCACACAGGAGUAGCAAAUGAUCAUGAAGAAGACUUUGAAGUGCGGAAGGAACUAAUUGGACAGGUGAUGGACCAGCUUGGGCAGCAGCUUGUAAGCCAGUUGCUACACACGUGCUGCUUCUGCCUUCCCCCUUACACCCUACCCGAUGUGGCUGAAGUGCUCUGGGAGAUCAUGCAGGUUGACAGACCGACUUUCUGUCGGUGGCUAGAGAAUUCCUUGAAAGGUUUGCCAAAGGAGACAACGGUGGGAGCUGUCACAGUGACACAUAAACAACUUACAGAUUUCCACAAGCAAGUCACGAGUGCUGAGGAAUGUAAGCAAGUUUGCUGGGCCUUGCGAGACUUCACCAGGUUGUUUCGAUAGCUCAAGCUCACACUCCUGCACUGUGCCUGUCAUCAGGAAUGUCUUUUUUCAUUAGAAGACAGGAAGAAAACAACCCAGACUGUGUCCUACAAUCAGAAACCUCCGUUGUGGCAGAGGGGCCUUCACGACCACCAUACCAUCCCGCCACACAGGGAGAGACUUCACCCUCCAAGGCAUCCUAAGGAGUCCCUGUUUGGGGUGUGAGGGGGAAACAGCGCGUGGUAUUUAAGGAUGGCUACAGCCUGUCCGGCGUGGUGGGAGGGAACUAGUUUCCUGGUGAACUUCUUUCUAAAAGGAAAAAUAAUUUAAGGAAAGUUAAAAAAAAAAAAAAGAAAAAAAGAAAGAAAAGAAAA